GCCAUAAUAAAGUGUGAAUCCGGUCCGGCGUUAUUUUGCUGUUAUAGCUGUUGUUUGUUUGCGUUUUUCUAUACACAGAUUAUAGUUGCGACCCCGUAUGAAUAGUGUAAGGACAAGGAUAUAAAUCGUUAUUACUUAUAACACACAGUGGUGAGUUUGGCGGUAGUUGUUAAUAAUAAUAAUACACGCUUUGUCAUAACGUUGUAUAAAACAAUAACGUACAGUUAGCUUGUAUAAUAUUAGUGUAUUGUAGUUGUUUUACGAAACCCGCAAUAAACGAUGGCAGCAAACAUUGUUGGUGUGUUCCAGCCAGAAAUGCAAAACUUAGUUCAAAACUCCAAGCUUUUAUUGGUCGGUGCUGGCGGUAUUGGAUGCGAAGUGUUGAAGAACCUCGUACUGACGGGUUUCCGCGAUCUCGAGGUUAUCGAUUUGGAUACGAUUGAUGUGAGCAACUUGAACAGACAAUUCCUGUUCAACAAAGAUUCCGUGGGAAAAGCCAAAUCGCAUGUAGCCAGAGAGAGCGUAUUGAAAUUCAACCCAAACGUGAACAUCAACUCUCAUCUGGGCGACAUAAUGGAUCAGAAGUAUGGUACAGCGUUUUUUAAAAAGUUUAAGUUGGUAAUAAACGCCUUGGACAAUCGGAAAGCUCGUAAUCAUGUAAAUCGCAUGUGUCUCUCUGCUGACGUUCCACUUAUUGAAUCUGGAACGAUGGGCUACAACGGCCAGGUUGAACUGAUUAAAAAGUCAAUGACUCAAUGUUACGAAUGUGUACCGAAACCUGAACCCAAAUCAUUCCCAAUGUGUACAAUCCGAAACACUCCAAAAGAACCUAUUCAUUGUAUAAUAUGGGCAAAGUUUUUGUUUGGACAACUUUUUGGCGAAACGGAAGAAGACGUGUCAAUGGAUGAAAAAGGCGAUGGCGAGAGUAAGAUAUCGGCACGCCAAUGGGCCAAGACCAACAAUUACAAUCCAGUUAUGCUAUUCACAAAAUUUUUUAUUGAUGACAUUCAAUAUUUGUUAAGCAUGGAAGAUUUAUAUAAAGACAAAGGAGUCAAGCCUGUACCUCUUGAUGAGUCUAUUAUAGAGAAAAUAGAAGCGUCCAAUUACAAAAAUGAACCUGACAAUGUGAUAUUAUCGUUGGAACAGUAUGUUGUCAUGUUUUUAGAUUGUGUAAAAAAUAUCAAGGAAAAGUUUUUAAAGUCUAAUGAGUUUUUGGUUUGGGACAAAGAUGACGAUGACUACAUGAACUUUGUAGUUGCUUGUAGUAAUAUCCGAUCGAAAAUAUUUAACAUACGUUUUAACAGUCAUUUUGAUAUUAAAUCAAUGGCUGGUAACAUCGUUCCAGCAAUCGCUACAGCAAAUGCCAUGGUCGGGGGACAAAUUGUGAUACACGCAUUAAGAAUACUAAGAGGUCAGUUCCAAAGAUGUCAAACGGUGUAUUUAAGAGAGAUGCCCAAUCAUAAGGGGGUGCUUAUGAUGAGAGACAAAAAAUUGGUCGCUCCUAAUCCUAAGUGCACGGUGUGCUCUACCGAAGGCCAAAUUAUUUUAUCAACCGAUAUACAUAAGUUCACUGUACGGCAACUAGAGGACUUGGUUCUUAAAAAGAAGUUAAAUGUAGUGGCACCCGAUGUUUUACUUAAUAUGACUCUAAUCAUUUCAAGUGAUGAAGACGACGAGUUAGAUUUAUAUUCUCAAACUUUAGAACAGGUGGGUGUAAGAGAUGGGUCAAGAUUGUCGGUCGAUGAUUAUUUUCAAAAUUACGGUAUAAAAAUUAAUGUACAUCAUAAAGAACACACUCAAGAAGAAGACCCCGAGUUUGAAAUUUUCGGUAACUUGGAUGAACUCAAAAAGUCCGAACAAGACAAAGAUGAAAAUAAUGAAAAGAAAGAAGAAAAAGAUGACGAUGAUGAUUGCAUAAUAGAAAUGCCAGGUGAAUCAAAUGAAAAUAUUGAUGGAGAUAACGUUGAAAUUAUUAAUGUAGACCAAACAACCAAAAGAAAAGCGGACGAGAUUGAAGAAGAUACAGAACCAAAGAAAAUCAGGAUGAGUAAUUAAAACUUGAGAUAAUAUAAAUGAUAGCUGCUUUUUUUAUAAUUAAUUAUUUUCAACAUAUUUUAUAAUUGGUGUAUCUUAAUGUAUGUUCCUGUUUCAUUAUAAACUAAAAACUAUAAAUAUGUAAUUUUAAAUUUUAAUUAUGAAUAACCUUUAAAUUUACAUAAGAUUUUAUCCCUAAUGAAAUCUUCCAACACUUGUACAGAUUGUAAACAUUUUUGGUAAAUUAUAAUAGGUACUCCUAUCUACGUAUAAUUAUAUUUUAUAGU